AUGGCGUCUACCAGCACAGCUGAUUCCGAUAAUGGAAGACCGGUUCGCGGACGGAAAUUUUAUUAUACUGACGAGCAAUUGGCGGAUAUUUUGGAAAAUAGCGACUUUUAUGCCACUGAUGACGAAAAUGACUUCGAAGUUACUAAUGCCAACUACGACAGUGACUCAAGCAGCGACGUUUCAAGAAAUGAAGAAACAUCAGUGGUAGAAACCAAUUUGAAUCCUAAUGACGAACUCAACUCAUCAAGUUCUUCAGAAGAGGAAGAUUCAAUUCCCCUAAGCAGACUAUUCCCAAAUGUCAUUCGUCCAGUUCAAGAAGGCAAUGAUAGCGAUGUCAGCAGCUCAUUUUUCAACAAUUCAACAUUAGGUACCAAGAAGAGAAAACAAAAAAAGACUCCUGCAACUAAUCAUGGGUAUAUCCCAACUUCGUACCGCAAAGGAAAGAAGAAGCCGUUGCAAAUUGUUUUGCAGAAUGAGGAAUUCCAAGAUGCUUUUAUUCGCAACAUGAAGAAAGCUUUUGCGUGCUUGAACGAUUUGUUGUAUGGUCAAAACUAUACCAACGACGUAAACGAAGUCAGAUUGACUCUAUUUUUAAAAUCAUACAGCAUGAAGAGUGAUAAACAAUCAUUCAACAAGACAUUACGAAACUUUGAUACCUCGACUAUUCCAGCAUGCAAAGCUGAGUUAUAUCAACAACUAUUUCGAGUAUCUUACGUUGCCGACAUUUAG